AUAUUUCACUGUUUAUUUUUUUCUUAUUUCUCUUUUUUUUCACACAGUUAAACGUUUGACUUUGAGAGAAUCUAGUUACAUCAGAAUGAAGUCGAAACAUUGCGGCUUUUUAGUUGCUCUUAGUUUGAUUUUAUUAAUAUCGGCGUUCAUAUCAAUUGUUGAUUGUGGAACAACUGUUGCUAAACCUGGUAGUAAAAGAAACAUAAUGCACGCUGCAUUUACAAACGCUGGAAAAGUUAAAGGUUUGGAGAUAUGGAGAAUUGAGAAUUUUGAACCUGUUGCAUAUCCAAAAGUUGAUUAUGGAAAAUUCUAUACAGGCGACUCUUACAUCGUUUUAAAUACGCUUGAGAGUAAGAGCAAACAACUUUCAUGGGAUGUUCACUUUUGGUUGGGAUUAGAGACAUCACAAGAUGAAGCUGGUGCAGCUGCAAUUUACACCGUUCAGUUGGAUGAUCAGCUUAAUGGAGCACCUAUUCAACAUCGUGAAGUUCAAGACCAUGAAAGUCAAUUGUUCUUGAACUACUUUAAAUCCGGUAUACGUUACAUGCCUGGUGGAGUUGCUUCAGGUUUUAAACAAACUGAAAUCAAUGCUGCUGGUGAAAAGCGUUUGUUCCAAGUCAAAGGCAAAAAGAAUAUUCGCGUUCGUCAAGUUGAUCUUACAAUUGGAUCAAUGAACAAAGGUGAUUGCUUUAUUCUCGAUGCUGGCAGGGAAAUUUACGUUUAUGUUGGUAAGAAUGCAAAACGCCUUGAGAAAAUGAAGGCAAUCAGUGCUGCUAACCAAAUUAGGGAUCAAGAUCACAAUGGUAGAGCUUCUGUUCAUAUUGUUGAUGAAUUCUCGAAUGAACUUGAUCAAGAAAACUUCUUCCAAAUCCUUGGAUCUGGUUCACCAUCUCAAGUUCCUGACGAAUCAACAAGUGAAGAUGACGAAACAUUUGAAAAAGGUGAAGAACGUGCAACAACUUUAUAUCAUGUUUCUGAUGCAUCAGGUCAAUUGAAAGUUGAAACUGUCGCACAAAAGCCUUUGAAACAAGAAAUGCUUAACACAAAUGAUUGCUUCAUUCUUGACACUGGAUCUGGUAUUUACGUGUGGGUGGGAAAGAAAGCAACAACUGAAGAAAAGAAGCAAGCAAUGUCAAGAGCACAAGGAUUUCUGCAAACAAAAAAAUAUCCUUCAUGGACCAAAGUUACUCGUAUUGUUGAAAGUGCUGAGUCAGCUCCAUUCAAACAAUAUUUCUUCACAUGGCGUGAUCAUGGUGCACAACAUUCUCGUUUGAUUCGUGCUGCUAAUGACAAUGAUUCUGACACCGUUGAUGACACUGAAUUUGAUCCUUCAGUUCUUCAUAAGUUGAAAAAAGCUGGCGGUAGUGCUCUUGGUUUUAUGCCUGAUAAUGGUGAAGGUGAAGCUGAAGUUUGGAGAGUUGAAGACAUGGAACUCGUUCCUGUAGCUCCUGAGAAUUACGGAUUCUUCUUUAGUGGCGAUUCUUAUGUCAUCAAAUACGAGUAUAGAAACAAGCGAGGUGGUCAUGGCUUUGUCAUUUAUUAUUGGCAAGGAUUACAUUCAUCAAUUGAUGAGAAAGCUUCAGCUGCAAUUCAUGCUGUACGUUUGGAUAAUGAACUUAAUGGAAAAGCUGUUCAAGUUCGUGUUGUUGAAGGAUUUGAACCACGUCACUUGUUAAAGAUCUUCAAGGGUAAAUUGGUUGUGUUUAGUGGUGGAAAAGCUUCUGGAUUUAAGAAUGUUCAUGAUCAUGAUACAUACGAUGUUGAUGGCACAAGAUUGUUCAGAAUUCGAGGAACAUGUUCUGAAGAUGUGCGUGCAACUCAAAUGCCUGAAGUUGCUGCUUCAUUGGCUUCUGACGAUGCAUUUAUUCUCGAAACACCGUCAGCAACAUAUCUUUGGUUUGGAAAAGGUGCAAGCGAUUUUGAACGUUCAAUGGCUGAAAGUGUCGUGAAGACUAUUUCACCAGAUCGUGAGCCAAUUGUUGUUAAUGAAGAAGAUGAACCAGCUGACUUCUGGGCUGGAUUGGGAGGCAAAGGAGAUUACGACACUGAAAUUGAUCCACCAGGUGCACCGUUCCUUGAGCCUCGCUUAUUCCACUGCACAAUUCGUACAAAUGGAAAAUUCAAAGUUGAAGAAAUUGCCAAUUUCGAACAAGAUGAUUUAGAUCCUGAUGAUAUCAUGGUUUUGGAUGGUGGCGAUGAAGUUUAUGUUUGGAUUGGUGCUGGUUCAACAGAAGAAGAAAAAGCAAAAUCGAAUGAAAUGGCAAAGGAAUAUUUGCGUACUGAUCCAUCUUAUCGUAGCGAAGAAACUGUUCCUUUGAUUCAAGUUUCCCAAGGUGGCGAGCCAAGAAGCUUCAAACGUUUGUUCCCAGCCUGGAACGAUUUCUUGUGGGAGGUGAGAGGAUAUGUCUAAAAGAAGCUUUCUUCUGUUUAAAGCUAUCAUUAGAUUAAAAUGUUUGAAGCAUGAUUCUAUCUUUUUUAACAUUCCAAACUUAAUAUUUUUUGACUUUCUCUGUACAGAAUAAGUUUUUGCUGAAUAACACAAAAAUUAAUUCAAUUUAUAUAUUUAUAAGUGUAGUAACAAUUUCUCAACAUUUAUAGCUUUUACACCGCUAACAAAAUUGCUUUAGAUUCGUACCGUUUGUCUGUUUUCUAAUGACGUUUUUAUUAGACUAUUGGUAAUCAGCUGCGUGGUUUCUUUGCACAUUUCUUUUUGGAUUUUUUUUUACAAAAUUCUAAUGAAAUUUUUCUUUUGAUUUCUUCCAAAAAACCAAACAGAAUUUCAUUUCCUAUGCAGAUUUCAGGAAGAAAGUGGUUGAGGAAAAUAAAAACCUCAAGUUCUUUUAAAGAAUCUUCAUAUUUCAUCCAGCGCAGUUUGUUUGAUGAAAUUUCUUUGUGUUUACAUUAAAAACUGAAAUUGUUUUCAUCUAUGCAAUCUGUUUCAAUAAAAAAAACAUAAAUUAUCAAAAAACAAAA